AUGGCCAACACUGAAAAUACCAGAGAGCGUUUGCACAUUCCACUCUAUCAGCUUGUUCUUUCUCAAGACAUUAUUACCGAGGAUGUUCUUCGACACAAAUGGGAAGGCAAUGGUACAGAGCGAGACCCAUACCUAGUCGACUGGCUUCAUGAAGAUGCUCGCGAUCCUCAUCAGAUGCCAGAUUGGCUAAAGUGGUCCAUCACACUACUCCAAGCAGCCUCCUUUUUGUCUAUCACGUUCGCUUCGUCCUCUCUGUCAGCAGCCAAUCCCCAAAUCCAGGAAGAGUUUGGUGCCAGCACUGAACUAGUUGUCGCCGACACCUCCCUUUUCGUGCUUGCCUUCGCCAUUGGGCCGGCUAUCUGGGCACCACUAUCCGAGCUGUGGGGUCGUCAGAUCAUUUACUUUAUCACGUAUGGAUUGACUACACUCUUCGCCGGAGCAACAAUAGCAAGCCCGAAUAUUGCGACGCUGCUCGUCUUGCGCUUCCUCGCAGGUGCAUUCGGCUCUUCAGCAAUCUCGAAUGCCGGCGGCGUGGUUUCGGACAUGUAUACAGCUCGGGAUCGAGGAUUGGCCACAAUUGCCUUCAUUGGCGCCCCAUUCCUAGGUCCUAGCCUUGGACCAAUCAGUUGUGCUUUUUUGGCGGUCUCCAACGGCUGGAGGUGGGUGCAGGGACUUACAACUAUAUUCAACGCCGUGGUGUUCUUUGUCGGAAUCGCGUUUAUACCUGAGACUUAUGCCCCAGUUCUCCUACAGAAGCGCGCUGCCAAGCUUACUAGACUGACUGGAGCCGUCCACAAAAGUCGGUUGGACGUUGGCAAUGCAAACCGAACAGCUGGUCAAAUUUUCACUAAGACCAUGGUGCGACCUUGGGUAUUACUCCUUUUAGAGCCUAUUGUGCUUCUUUUGUCUAUUUACAUGGCCAUAAUCUACGGCACAAUGUACAUGGAGUUUGCCGCCUUCCCUAUUGUUUUCGAAGACAAUCUGAAAUGGCCACAGAGUACCUCUGGCCUCUCCUUCCUUGGAAUGAUGAUUGGGCAAAUCAUUGGCUGUGCAUAUUCGAUUCUUGACGAUGGCCGCUAUAAGAAAGUAUCCGAUCGCACUGCCUACGCCAUGGUUGGGGCAGUAACGCUUCCCAUCGGGCUGUUCUGGUUUGCCUGGACCAAUUUCCCACAUAUACACUGGAUUGUCUGCGAGAUUGGCACUGUGUUGUUUGGCUUCUCCCACGUUUCCAUCUUUCUAAGUGUAGUAAACUAUUUGGUCGAUGGAUAUACUCUUUAUGCAGCAUCGGCACUGGCCGGUAAUGCUGUUAUUCGCGCCCUCUUCGGCGCUGCAUUUCCGCUAUUUACAACGCCAAUGUAUGAGAACCUCGGGGUUCACUGGGCCUCAUCCAUAUCAGCCUUUCUCGCUUUCGCUUGUCUGCCGUUCCCGUGGAUUUUCUAUAAAUAUGGACCCGCUAUUCGCCAGCAUUGUCAGUAUGCUGCUGAAUCUGCACGGCAAUUAGAUGCCAUGGCCGACCGCAUGCGUGAACAGGUUGAGCAAAAAGCAGGAAACGAAAAGCCGGCGGUUCAAAUAGAUGCUGCCACAGACUCGAAUGCGUUUGCCGUUGAAAAUGCUAUCGAGAAACCCAAAACAUUGAGCUAA